AUGCCUGGCAUGUCACGCACAGUUGCCCCCAGGGCCUGCUACCAGAAUGUGACACCACAGCUUUUGGCUGGCCAGAUUAUUGGUCUGAUGGACGAACUGUCUAUUCCUGUCGCUACUUUUUACGGAUGUAGCUCCGGUGGAGCAACAGUUUUGGCUCUAGUAGCAAACCACCCGGCUCGGGUUCGCAGUGGCAUAGUUCACGAGGUCCCAUUUACUUUACAUCCGCACCUGGCAGCUUUGACGUCUCUCUCCGACGCCGAAAUUGUGGCUGCAUGCCGCAAUAUCUAUUUUACUGGUAUGAACGAGGACGAAGCUGCCUUCAGAGAGCUAGGCUCUGAAUAUCAUUCCCGUCUUGACCGAAACUAUAUUACAUGGGUGCGAAAUUAUGUUACGACGAUUUCGCCCAAUCUCAGGGAGGAGGGUUUGACGAAGAGACCAAUUACCUGGACAAUUGGGGCAUUAACUCCUGCUGGAGCAUUCUUUGAGAAUGUGAAAAUUGCUUGCCGCUGUGGCAUCGAUAUUGGUCUUUUACCCUGCAUGCACUUUCCUCAAGUGAGCAUCCCUGAAAAGUUGGCAUUGCACAUCCAGGAGGCCGCAAUGAAGUACUAG